AAUGAACACCCCAGCCACAGCCAGGUCGCCGCUACUUUGCAUAAUAUAAUCAUUGGCAAGGUAACGACUGUCGUGUGAGUCGAAGUCUCGAAGAACGCGUACUGUUUCAUCGCAAACUAGGACAAGACAUUUAGCACAGCUACGAGUCGGGAUCAGUCUUUAGUACCCAGAACCUUUGAAUUCAGCGCCAUCAUGAGAAAAGUAAAAGACGUAGUCAACGACUACACCGACAUCGAGCGGAAAGUGCGCAAGGCUACAUCCAAUAAACCAUACCGUGCCUCUGGUUCGCAGAUGGCCGAGAUAGCCGAUGCUACCUAUGACCCUGUGUGUUUCCCUCAAAUCAUGGGGAUGCUAUGGAAGCGCCUGAACGAGCCUGGGAAGUAUUGGCGGCACGUGUACAAGGGACUGAUCCUGUUGGACUACAUCAUCAAGGUUGGCUCAGAGAAGGUGGUUAAAUCGUCACGUGAGAAUAUAUUUGCUAUCCAGACCCUCAAGGAUUUCCAGAUGAUCGAUAAGGAUGGCAGAGAUCAGGGCCAGAAUGUGCGAGAGAAGUCCAAGGCUCUUGUUGUGCUGCUCAAAGAUGAUACCAAACUCAAAGAAGCACGCGAGAAGGCCAAGAGUGCUCGUGAACGCAUGCGUGGGAGUAUUGGUGGCCAAGACUCGCACUAUGACGACGGGUUGGGUGCACCGCCUCCUCGCCAACCAAUGGGUGGCAGUGGUGGCUAUGGUGCAGGAUACGGUGGUCACACAGAUGGACAGUCCCAGCGCACCAGCAGUGGAGGCCAACAACGGAGACGCGGCACCACGCAAGAAGAAGAUAGACAGCUACAGGAAGCCAUCGAGGCCAGCAAGCGCGAUGCCGAGGAGGCUAGCAGACGCCGUGCACAAGUUGAGGAGAACGACCCGGACAUUCAGGCGGCUAUAGCACUCAGUAAAGUGGAUGCCAUUGCGUCGAAUGAUCCCUUCGGCCAGUCCAACAGCAGCAACUACAAUACACCACAACCACAGAACAACGACCCCUUCGGCCUGGGAGGCGACCCCUUCGGGAGUGUACAGGCACAGCAACCGCAGCAACAACAACAGUCGUUUGACCCCUUUGGAGACCCCUUUGGCAGUGCGCAAACACCCCAGCAAUCGCAACAGAAUCAGUACCAACCACAGCAGCAACAACAACAGAAUGAUCCGUUUGGCGAUCCCUUCGGCGGGUCCGAUCCGUUUGGCGCUGGGCCGCCGCAGCAGAACUAUGGGCAACAACAACAACAGCCCAUGCAAAACCAAUACCAGCAACAACCGCAACAGCCAUUUGGUGCACCACAGCAGCAGCAACCCAUGCAGCCCCCAGGAGGUGCGUGGGGUCAGCCUAGCAACCAGCAACAGCCUAGCAACCCCAACCAGCAACAGGGGACCGUUGCACGCAACUCCCCACAAAUCGACGAGUUUGCCGGGCUCCGAUCUGGCCCAAAUUCCACGCGAUCAAGUAUGGCGAGCUCGGCUCAGGCGCCCCCCACAGCCUCACCGGCCUCGGACAAUCCGUGGGAUAUGAAACCGCUGGAAACAUCCCUGCCCACGCCUUCGAGUGGAGGGGGGCAAGCACUCAUACCUACCACAGACGAUUCAGCCAACAGUAGUGCACUGGUGCCUGCGCCCAAGAAGAACAACUCGCUGGAUAUCUAUAAGGAUCUGGUCAAUUUGGAUGCCCUGGCUCCGGCAAGUGACAACAGGGGUUACAACGCCAACGGCCCGUCACCCACCAAUCCCUUUGGCCUCAGCGGGGGCGGCGCGAAUGUGCAGACAUCUACCCGUGGACCUCAGGCAUCACUUAACCAAAUGGCUGGAGGCGGUGGCUAUGGUAACAUGGGGGGUGUGAGUCAGAUGCCCAUGGGCGGGCAGCAGAUGGGCUAUGGCGCACCCUCUGGACAAGGUGGCGGCUACGGUCAACAAAUGGGUGGGCAACAAGGACAAGGCAUGUACAACCAGCAGCAACCGUACGGACAACCGCAGCAACAGUACGGGCAACCACAGCAGCAGUAUGGGCAACCUCAGCAGCAGUAUGGGCAACCACAGCAGCAGUAUGGACAACCACAGCAGCAAUACGGCCAACAACAGCAGCAGUAUGGGCAACAGCCUGGCAACCCCUUUGGCUAGAGUGUAGUAGGAGCGACCGUGCGGGUGUGCUCGGCUUGUAAGUAGGAUGGGAGAAUAUACCCGUUGGGCGGUAGAGCAGUGCGAGGACUAAUAAACUUCCUGUAUGUAUGGUUGAUAUACGAGAUGGUUGGGUAGGGGCAAUUGUUCUGGCGGUACUCCAGUUCCGUAUAUGGGGCACAUUCUAUGUUUAGAUUUCUA